CGGUCCUUACAACAACGCGAAAGGUGUCCAACUUACUGCGACGAUUACAUGCCUGAUAAAAACAACAACAAGAGUGAGAUUUAAAAUCACACACGCGCGCAAUACGUAUUCAAGGAAACUACGGUACUGAAUUUGAUGUUUGACGGGGAAGGAGAAUUUGUUACAUGUCGGUUUUAAAGCCAUAUUUACAACAACACAAAUGAACGUGUCAAUGUUGACGUGGAGAUUGCGUGGUGCGUGGAGGACCCUCCCGGUGCCCCGCGAGGUGCCUGCUAAGACUGCGCGCCACAGUCCACAGCCGCUCUGUUCACAACUAUCGUACUCUUAACUAUUGUACUCCCAGCUAGAGUGCUCUCUGCGGUAGCUCUUGUUGCUCUCUACUAUACAGCGAGAGUGUUCGAGUUAUCUUCACUGAAGCCAUCGCCUCGACGGGAGCCUCUCCGACACCCGGGACGAGCCCCGCGCUCCGCGUGAAGGAGACGCCCGCCCGUCUCCCCGCUCCGUCUCCUCCGUCUCCGUCUCUCCGGGGGAGAUGUCUCUGGACAAGGCGGAGCUGUGCGAAAGUCUCCUGAGCUGGGUACGGGCGUAUGGAUUCGAGGUUCCAUGCGAGGAUGUCUCGGACCUCACAGACGGCGUUCUCAUGGCCCACGUGUUGCACCGCAUCGAUCCGGGUUGGUUUGAUGUGGACUUUGUCGCCCGCAUUAAGAUCGAUGCCAGGGACAACUGGAGACUGAAGUUGAGUAACCUCAAGAAGAUUUUGAAUGCCCUUCUCAGCUACUACAGCGAGGUCGUGGGCCAGCCAGUGGCACAAGAUGCCGUGCCAGAUGUGUGCCUGAUGGCAGAGCAUGGACACCGGGGAGAGACUGGCAAGGCCCUUCAGCUCAUCCUUGGCUGUGCUGUUAACUGUGACAAGAAGGAGGAGCACAUUCAAACCAUCAUGACCCUGCAAGAGUCUGUUCAGCACGUGGUGAUGGCUGCGAUCCAGGAGCUGAUGAAUAAAGAGACGCAGGACUCCGCCGCAGGGCACGGAUUGCCAGAUAUGGAGCGGCAGCUGCGCCGAGCAACUGAGGAUCUAUCUGAGGUGGAGAAGAUGAAAGAACAACUUGAAAAUCGAUGUCACGCGCUCACGCUGCAGCUGGAGAGCCUUCAGGACGACCGGGGGAAGGUCCUGGCUGAGAACAAGCUGCUCCGCGAGCAGAGCGGCCAAUGGGGAGCCCUGGAAGAGGAGGCUGUGCGGCCUCCCGUGGUGCGGAGCCAGCAGCUGGAGGCCUUCCACGAAGAGCUGUUCCGGCUGGAGGGCAGCCGAGACGAGUUCCGCCUGCGCUGCGAGGAGCUGGAGCGCCAUGUUUCGGUGCUGGAGCAGAAGAACCAGCAGCUGACGAGCCUGGCUGAGGAGGCGCAGGCGCUCAAGGAUGAGAUGGAUGUGCUCAGGCACUCUUCGGACCGCGCGGCGAGGCUCGAGGCGGCUGUUGAGUCGUACCGGCGCAAGCUUGACGACCUGGGCGAUGUGCGGCGCCAGGUGCGACUGCUGGAGGAGCGCAGCUCGCAGCAGCUGCACAACACGCUGGCGCUCGAGGAGGAGCUGCGCAGGGCCAACGCGGCGCGUGCGCAGCUGCACGCCUACAAGCAGCAGGUGCAGGAGCUGCAUGCGCGGCUUUCCGAGGAGAGCCGCCGCGCCGAUCGACUCGAGUUUGAGCACAAGCGGCUGCAGGAGCGAAGCGACGCGCUCACCAAGGAGAAAGAGAGAGCGGUGGCUGAAAGAGAUGCACUGAGGGAGACCAACGAGGAGCUAUGCUGCACGCAGAUCCAGCAGAGUCAGCUGGAGGGCAGUGGAAUUCUCCAUGGGAGCCAAGUCUCACUGGAGGCUCUAGAGGCAGAGAUGGUCCCUGCAGAGUUCAGGGAGCGCUUGAUCCGGCUGAGCCACGAGAACCGCGUGCUGCGCUUGCAGAGCGAAGGUGCGGACAGCGAGCGUGUGCUCACGCUGCGCGUCGAGCUGGACGAGAGCUCGCGCACUCAGAGCGUGCUGCAGACCGACAACCGGCUGCUGAACCAGCGCGUCCUGGAGCUCCAGGCUCAGCUGGAAGAGCUGCAGAAGACUCUGCAGGAGCAGGGAGCACGCGCCACAGACUCUAUCGUCCUGACCAAGAAAGUUGAAGAACACUUGGAGAAACUGGCAGAGGAGAGUUCGGAGCUCAAGAUGCAGCGAGCGCUCAUUGAGGGACUGCAGCCACAGGCGAACCCUGCGUCCCCGAGCGUGGAGGAGCUGCAGGCCGCACUGGAGCAGAAGGAAAGGGACAUGCGUGCAAUGGAGGAGCGCUACAAGCGAUACCUGGACAAGGCCAAGAGUGUCAUCAAGACCCUUGACCCUAAGCAGAGCCCGAUGACAACUACUGAAUUACAAGCCCUUCGCAGCCAACUCCGCCAGAAGGACAACCUGGUUCACUCCCUGGAGCGCGAGUGCGAAAAGACACGGCAGCUGCGAGAGCAGGAGGAGAAGCUCAUUGUCAGCGCUUGGUACAAUAUGGGGAUCGGUCUGCCAAAGGGGAGUCGGGCUGGGGGUGCGAGCGGUGGUGCUGGCCCCACGCAGUCGUUCCUCGCAUGCCAGCGUCAGAGCACGAGCGCGCGCCGAGCCAAACAGUCGCAUGCGCAGGCGGGGCCGAGCGCAGCACGGCACUCGCACGCUUGAGGGCACGUGCUCGCUUGCACACACACGCACGCACUCUCACGCGCACUCACACACGUGCACUCACUAGACAGAGAUCUUCCAUAUAGCCUUAACAGACUGUAGGAGCGAGUGCUAUUAGCGGGCACCUAUGGAGGCCGGCACGGCACACGAGGGGGAGGGUGACCAACAUCUCGCCCGGCGGCCUCUGUCUCCCCAGUGGCGAUGUUUACACACCACACCAGAUACUCAUUUGACGGUGAGUCGACCUAGGGGAGGCCCAGGACCGGUUCGAAUAAUCGUCACUGUUGUUUGCCAUUAGCGGGAAUCAAACUCGGGUGGCCAGGUUCGUCGCGCAGCGCGCUAACUGCUACACUGUCACACACAUUCUCACACACAAAAUACACUCACGAACACAUACUCAUGCAUUUCACGCUCACACAUACACUCAAACGCACUCACAUAUUAGUCACAUGUACCCACACAUUACACACACAAAGACAAAUAUCCCACACAUUGCUUACAUAGGCUGUUGAGAUAACUACUAUUAGCAAGCACCUAUUGAGGAGUGAUAGUAUAUUGGUUAUCAACGAGCACUACUUACCUGGUGACCCAAAUUGGAUUCCGACUGACAGGUAAAAUCGGUGACAGCGAAUAUCUGAACCGGUCCUGGGCCUCGCCUCGGUCAACUCAGUUUUACAUGAGUAUCUAGUGUGGGUAUGUAAACAUCAGAGCUUGGGAAGCGAAGGUGGUCAGGUGUAGUGCUGGCCAUUGCACCCCUUUGUGCGUCGUGCCUGCGUUAAUAGGUGCUCACACACACAUACCCACUCAUUAAACGUUUGCACACACAAGCACACCCACCUGCUCACACACGUCCCCAUGCAUUAUAUUCUCAUACACACAUCAACAGCUACCUUUUUCCACUAGUGACAGUAACACCACUACAGAGCUUGUACUAGGUUAGGUGACUUAGAUGAGCUUUGAGGCAAUGUGAGAGUCAAAUAGGUUCUUUGGCACACCACAGAACAGACACAGGUUUAUUUAGCAAACUGGGUGACUGGCAGAAGCAUUACCUGUUCCCCCUACUUUUACAGUCUGCUGUCUUGAGGCCACCUGAUGAUGCUUUGUGAAUAAUUGUCAUGGGUGUUUUCCUGCCUCGAUGCCGCAUUGCUGCUAGAGGGUGGCAUUGGCAUCAUUAAAGAGCCUCCAACACAGCUCCGCGUGGCUCGGCGGAGCUCGUUUCCGGUUCGUUGUAACACUCAUAGCACAUACACACACACGUAAAACUGCAAAUCAUUGCCAGGGGGUGGCUGGAUCGCUCAAUAAGCUCGUGAGCCCAUUUGAGAAUGUGAGGCCAUAAGCGCUGAGAUCCUCGAUUCAAAUCCCCAGCAAGGAGUUAACCACACUGCCCAGUAUUGUGAGGUUCAUAGUCAACCUGGCCCAUUCACCAGUAACUGCACGAAAUUAUUUUAUUGCAUUUGGUGUUGGACUAAAUUGAGUAUAAACUCAACUGCGGGCUGAUUUUCCACUUAAGACGCGUAACAAACAACUUAGCAAUCUUCACAACUAGUAAGCUGUGUACAUCUUGUGGUAAGAUAGAACCUUCAGGGGUGUUGAGUGAAUGAGAUUUCACUUCCAGGGUUGUCUUUUCUGUAGGAAGAUCCCAAAACUACUCUCAAUGGCAAUAGUACAAAUAAACACACAGUUGUGUAUGAUCACAGCAGCAUAAUGUACUCCUGGCAGUAGCAAAUUAUAUCUGUUGAGUUCGUACGUAACAUUGUUGAACAAAUGCAUGGAACGGUGGGGGGGGGGGGGGUAUCUUCACUAUAUUUGCCUAUUUUAGUGAACCAGGCUCAUAAUGUCACGUGCUCAGCGAGUGAGUAGUGUUGUACCAACAAGACUCGCCAAUCACAAAUGCACAAGUUGCUCAUAUUGUCACUGUGUAUGGCCAGGUGUGGGUGGGGAUGCGCACCUGUCAGGUGAUUUAGAGGUCAGAUUCAGUGCAUCGUUCUGAGGUGGUAGUGCACGGUACCCACGCCCGUGGGAAGCAUGGUGGUGCAGUAAAGAAAUUCGAGGUCGCUGAUCGUGCACAGAUUGACUGGGUUUUUUUCCCUCGACAUUGAGGAUUACUCUUACAAGAGGUGGCUAGGGGGGGGGGGGUAGCUUAGGAUCAGCGCACUAAGCUGGCACUCCUAAGAUCUGGCUCUGAAUGCGUUUUUUUCAGCUGCCUGUGUUUAAACCGGAUUUUAAAGUGUUGUAAUAAGUUCAUGGUAUCACCACGGAGACCAAUUUGUGUUUUCUUGGAAUUUGGCUACAAUCCAGUGAUAAGGAUUCAAAAUAUAUAUUUUUCUGCCUGCCAUGCAACAAACAUCUCGAAAGCAGGGAGUUGCAGGGAAGUGCAGCGAGGAUAGGUCAUAAAGGCAUCUCAGACGUAGUUCUGUGAUAUCACCUUCCUCGGGCCCAUUCCUAAAAUACUGUGCUCCACGGGAGUUGCAAAUGGAAGCUUUGUCUCAUGAUAUUGAUAUCAAUUGGAUAAAAAUAAUAGAGGAAUUUAUUAUAAAUGAAGAAAUACUCAUGCGCAAACCAUUUCUGAACGUGUCUUGAGCCCAAGGCUCUCUUGGCUACACACAUCAUGCUUUUGCUCAGUGCGUAAAACAUAAACAAUAUUUUAUUAUAAUAUUUUAUUACAGUCAAUUGACGAAAAAGUAAGCUAAUUGAUGCCAAUAUUUGACCACUACAUUCUUGAGUUUAAAUAAUGAAGUGAGUUUUAUGGCCUAUAUUUGUUUUAGCAUUGUAUUGUAUGCCGCUGUCGUUGGCAUUGUUGGGAUUGGUGUGUGACGCACGAGAUGCGAAACGUGGCGAUGCGUGCCACUACGUGAACGCGUAAACACCACCGCCAAUACUUGUAGCACAAAUCAAAGCUCUCGGUUGAAUUCCUAACUUAAGCAUUUUGAAUAAGCAGAUAUUUUUUUGAUAUUUUAGAUUUUUUUUUUACAAACAGAUAUAUUGACCUGUGUAAGACCCCCACCCACAGAACAAUGAUGUUGGUACCUUAUUAAGCAAGACCACAAGUAGGUUUCAGCCUGCCUCAGUGUGAUGGAGCUUCAGUGUUAUUCAUUGAAAUGCCUGGGAUUUCUCCUUGAGAGCUCGGGUUUCCCCCCAUGUACUAAAAUAAUCGUCACGGAAAGAAUUGGCUAAACAUCCCCAAGGAUGACACUUGAAACUGAGUCUUUGGGCUGAGGCCUUCAUGACAAAAGUACUACUCUCAUAAUAGUGAGCAUAGGAGUCUGAUGCCCAUGUUGGACUAUUGGCAAUGCUGUGGUUUCUGGAUUUAAAUCCUGUGUCACAGCACUCCAUUAAUGUUCCUAAGUACGGGGAGUUUUAUAGUUUCAGCCCAGUCAUUGACGUUUACAUAGUUCAACCAUACUGGCUACAAUUUUAAAAGGGUGUUUGCAACAGAACAAUGCAAUGUGUUAGACAUGCAUAUUAAGCUUAUUAGGAAAUUGGAAUAAUUAUCGAGGGUUAAAUUGUGUCUUGCAAGGUGCAGGCAGCUCUUUGUGGGAAGAUUAAAAUGAAGGGUUGGUUAUGCGUUGUCUGUGAUUAUCGAAUUGCAAUCCGUAUGUGAUAAGGAUGCUGGAAUGUCGAGUAUAUGAGACCGGCUGCGUGCACGCAGGGUAAUGUGGUGGGGCCUUGAAAGGACGCCCGCUGUAUGCAGUGGGAUUUUCAUCCGAAUCUUCACCUCCCCUAUCUUGUUUCCCACAUAGACUUUGCCAAUCAUGCCAUUCAUAACCCUCGAAAAUUAUUUGAAUUUCGUUUUUUAGGUAAAUAUAAAUAGUUAAAAUUAUGUUAUUAGUGGCGGUUAAAUGUUUGAUUAUAUUGGAGCACUAUAGCGCCCUCAUAUGAUUUGACUUUCCUGCAAUACCACGAGUUCAAAUCAUGCCAUAUAGUUGGUAUUUGUCCAUUAAACAUGGACUGCAAUACUGGAGAAAUAGCAUUGUAUGGAUUUCUGCAAUUAACCACUUUGUCGAAAUUCAUGUUGAGACCUCUCGCGGCCGUGCGGAUGAGGUCACACGUCGUUGACCAGGCUCGUGGUGAAAUGUCAACAUGGGUUUGUGCAGAGAUGUCAAUCAAACUGGGUAAGUUAAUCUUCAUGAUGUAAAUAAUAUACACCCCUUAGUUUACAUGCAUACUUGUUUUUAUCUUAUUUUUUUGACAUAGGCUGAGCAGGAAACGUGUCGUGCCUGGUUCAAUUGAGCUCUUUGGCUAGGCCAGGGGUCGGCAACCAAAAUAACAAGAAGAGUACAUUUUUCGAAUUCGGUAAAAAAAAACCCUCAAUAUUUCAAGAGCCGCAAAGUGUUGUGGUACUUAAUAAAUAACGUCAUGAAGCAGUCCUUGAAGGGCCGCGUGUGGCUCCAGAGCCGCAGGUUGCCGAAACCUGGGCCAGGCCGUCCAAGAAAGAGGGGAGAGCAGGGAUCAGGUUUGAGGCAUUUCUUCCCUGCUGUGUGAAUUGGCCAUAAUGGCUCGGAAAUGUACAGCUUUGUUGAAAAUCGUUAACAACGUUGCAGUGUUUGAACAUAAGAUGGUUUAUGCGAUGUGAACAUUUAAAGUCCAGAAAGGUUUUGCCGUGUAACUUUACCAUCCACUGAGCAGGGCUGCUUAGGGGUCACACAAAAAUGAGAAGUCAUUUAAAGGCACUUCAGCUCUUAAUUAGCGCAGUGCACUAUUACGGCGAUGUUAACAUUUACCAUCAGAUUCGAAGCUACAUGUAAAUUUGAGUUACUUGUUAUUCCUACAUUUUCCUGUUAACUUAUUUCCGAUGUCUUAAUGAGAGGCCAUAAGAUUGUCGUGAAGAGAAGCCGAGGCCGAGGUGAAUGUUUCACCUCGAAUUGAGCGACAACAGGAGGCUGCAGUAGUUUCAGCUCAUCCCAUCGGAGGCUCGCAGUGUGAGCCGACUCGGCGCACUGCGAUAUUCACACCCGGCCAGCUUCAGCCAACUUGGUCCCAUUGCAAACACACCCCGAAUUCUGCCGUCACAUGGUCGAUAAACUCCGGGAAUUGUCCAAAUUCCUGAAGUACAAGUGUUUCCUGUGUCGUGUCCAUGCAUACUUCUACAAUGUGCAACAUAGCUUUACCUAAUAAGUCUUAUGACAUUUUAAGACUAUACAUUAGUUUAAGGGCUGCCUGUUUUUUUGUGCUAAGGAAUGACAGACAUAGUUGAAUAAAAUUGGUUUCUAAACAUAACUCUUGAUGUGACAAUUCUCUGCAUAGAGUAUAUGUAAACUGUAUAGGAGGAAAUGAUUAAAGGUGUCUCUUGGCCUUGUGUUGGCACGAAAAUCCAAGCUGGGCUGGGUUAAAUUCAAAUUGAUGCUCCUAGAGAUGCCCGCUCUGAAUUUGUUCAAGAUAUUAGCGGCCCGAGGCCAUUUUACUAUUGAAAUGCUCAGAUGAAUAUUCAUUUUGCAGCUGCGAAUAAGAAUAUGUGAAGAAGUCAACUUCACCGUCGGUUGAUCUCCAAGUCACGUGGUCCCUAAACACGCUGUCAUUUCCAGGACUUUCUCGUCAAAUUGCACUCCAUUGGUGUCUUUGUUCAAUGCCUAUUCUCAGAAAGAAUUAUAUCAGUACAUCUGCAAACUCUAGAGAGCAAUGUGUUGCUGAUCUUUAACAAAUUCCUGAUGCUCGGCGUUGUCCCCCAUCGGGGCCCUGCUCGCUCACCAGCCGGGGCCAAUGCAGGGACAGCUUUGCUUCUCUGCACUUCCGUCACACCUCGCCCACCUAUAAAAUACGAAUCACAUUCCUACACCAACCAAAACAUUUACACUCCUACAUGUAUUAUAAGUCCUCAUUGCAUAAGGCACUUUGGGAGUAAAUUAUACGUUGCAUAGCUGGUACAACCGUGUCACAAUGCACUGCUCCACGUGUUUGUGAAUAAGAUGAGUGUCGCUGCAGAGAGAGAUAUGUCACAAACCGUCAAGUCCAGUAGACAUUUUAAAGUUGUCUUUUUAUUGAGUGCUUGCAUGUGCUUGGGUGGGAGUGGCGUUACACAGAAAGACAGUUACCAUCCAUUGUGUUAUGACAAUUGGCGUACAAGAGGAGGGAAGCAUGAGACUGCAUUUGUUUGCAUUCUCACCACGGUAACCGACACUUUAAACACGCAAUGCAUCAAUGCUGUCUCAGAGCCGCAACGGAAAUAGGCACGGACUCUCAUUGAGCGAAGACACUAAUCAAUCACGACACUUACAACUCAUUUCCCGAUUCACGUGUUUUCUCUCACUUCAGUAGUUUACACAGUGGCAUGUUGCUACAGAAAAAGCGGGGAGCGCGACACAGCGUGGCUCUCCGGGUACCGCCUAAGCGCCAGCCGCUGACAGCUGACACCCCCCCCCCGUCACUCGAGCCAACCACCCUCUCAUCCCCUCGUCCCACAAGAUAGAACCCUGCCUCUAAUCACAGGACGUAA